GUUUGAACCGCAGACAUGCGGAUGUUCGGGUUGUUUUCCCGGGUUGAGCAACAGCAGCAGCAGGGAGGGAGUCUCCUCCUCCUCCUUCUCCUUCUGGGCGUUUCUCUAAAAACACAACCUGAGCUCCGACAUAAAACUCUGCGUCCUGCGGAGCUCCGACAUUCUGACUCCAGAUCCGAGAGACAAACCCAGAAACCCGCAGAGAACCAGAACCACACCGAGAUGUACACCCGAUCCAGCUCCACGACCACCGUCCAGGAGAGCUUCGCCUUCCCCCGGGUCGCCUCCCGCAGCACCGAGCCGGAGGUCUUCACCUUCGAGCGGAUCCCGGCUCAGGCCACCGCGGUGAGAUCCACGGUCCCCCUGCGGCCCAGGAAGCGCUGCACCCGGGUCAUGUACCCCGCCAAGGUCCGCAUGCACCUCCCGCCCCCGGAGAAGAACCAGGCCAAGCGCUGGCUGCUGGUUCUGUGUCUGGUGGUCCUGUGGCAGAUCUACACCGAGGAGCCCUGCACCGACGCCCCGCUGGCGGCCGCCGACGGCCCGGUGGGAGACUACCAGGGCUUCCCCUUCCAGUCCCCGGAGGAGCCGCUGAGCUCCGCCCCGCUGAGCCGCUGCGAGGACGGAGAGAUGAUCCGGAACACCUGCCCUCUGCCCGGCCAGGAGCCCGACAGCAGCCGGGGCUUCGAGCAGAGCGCCGGGAAGAGCUACAUGGUGGCCCUGCUGGUCUACCACCGGCUGGGCAGCGACAACUGAGCCUCCCGGUACCGGCUGGACUCUGAGCCCCAGUCUGGGCUCCAACAACACGAACCGAGCUCCGGAGAGCAGCGGGGCGUCCUGCGAGGCGCAUUCGGGGAAGGAGCUCCAUGCGCCGGCUAGUCCCAGCCAGCGGCCCCCUGGAGGACCUGGAGGACCUCCUGGAGAACCUCCUGGAGGACCUCCUGGAGAACCUCCUGGAGGACCUCCUGGAGAACCUCCUGGAGAACCUCCUGGAGAACCGGAAGGCUGAACCCGGACAGACAGAACUUCAGAACUGUGAAGAGAAAAACUGAACUUGAACUUUGAUAAAACUUGAACUGAGGAGAGAAAUUUGCACUCAGACUGUAGGAACUAGAACCUGGAACCCUGCAGAGAAAAAACUGACUGUUGAUGCUGUUUAGAUGUUUAUUUAGCUAUUUAUUCUGUUAUUUGCUAUUUAUUGAUUAAUAAUAAUUUUAAUAAAAAAUGUUGAAAGAA